GGCCACGGAACUGCGUAUCGUUCCGUGCAAAUUGUGAAAAUGCUGUGAAUAGUGACACCAGUUGGCGUUCAAAUACAACGAAAUGGCCACCCAGAAGCCAGGCGAAUGGGCCAACUCACUGUUGGCCCGCUUUGAGGAGCAGCUUCCCUACCGUACCGGUCCCCAUGGAACUCAGGCACGGCUCAGCAUCGACGAAACGAUGAACUGCUUGAUUCAGAUUUCACGAUAUCGUUUCUCGCUCGUUAUAUCCGGCCUAACGAAAAUGCUGCAACGGGUCAACGAAAUAGUGACCUGUCGAGGUCACGAACCGGAACGAUGCUGCUACGACUCGUUAAUCAUCAUUUUGGAGACACUUGAACGGUGCCUGUCGGGACAGUCGAAAGACACGGCACGUUUCGAGGAAGCCAUGAACGUGAAGCUGCUUCUAAGAGAAAUUUGUCAGUUCAUCGAUAUUCAGAAUGAAAACAACCAAAAUGCUACAUCCCUCAAAGCACUUGCGUCCAAAGUGUUAUUUGCACUAUCCCAAAACCACUUCGGGGCCGUUUUUAAUCGAAUCUCAGCCCGCCUGCAAGAGUUGAGCACCUGUGCCGAGGAAAAUCCGGACUACAGUGAUAUCGAGCUUAUCCAGCACAUCGACCUGGACGUGCACCGGUUGACGAAGCUGCUCACUGAGACGAUACAGAAGUUCAAAUCGCUCAAAAAGUCCGCCCACAUGAUACUGCUCAGUUCGCUCGAGAAGGCUCUGUGGAACUGGAUCGAGUUUCACCCGAAGGAGUUCGAAGACUUGCAGCGUAACCCGAACGACGAGCUGAGCAAAUGCUGCGAAACUUUCUUCGACAUACUGGACUCGUAUUCGGAGAACAAGAAGGCUCGUGCGGCCGUCUGGCCAUUGCAGAUCAUGCUGCUCAUUCUCAGCCCCAAAGUGCUGGAGGAGAUUGUGAACGCCGACUCGGGGGCGCCCUGUUCGCCACGCCAUCUUAAGAAAAAACACUUCAUGGAGGGCAUCAAGAAGGGCCUGGGAGCUCACGCGUCCUCCAAGCAAUCGACCGAAUCGGCUGCCAUUGCGUGCGUAAAGCUGUGCAAGGCGUCAACCUACAUCAACAUCAACGACUCGAACAACGUCACGUUUCAGCUGGUGCAGAGUGUCAUCAACGAUCUCAAAGCGUUGCUGUUCAACCCGGCGAAACCCUUCUCACGCGGGCAGGGAUUCAACUUCCAGGACAUUGAUCUCAUGAUCGACUGCUGGGUGUCCUGUUUCCGCAUCAAACCGCACAACAACGAGGCGCUCAAGGUUUGCCUGAGCCUAAACUCGCCACCGGCGUACCACUUUGUGAUCGUCAGUUCGCUGCUGAAGAUUGUCACACAAGCACGCCUACCUUGGUGGCCUCAGAUCGAUCUCGUGUACGCCCGAUCGGGUGAGUUGAGGGGACUCUUCACGGACACGCUCAACAAGGCGACGCAGGGUUACAUCGCGCACACCCCGCUCCGUAUGAUCACCUCGUUGACGUUGAAAUCAAAGGACGCCCAAAGCCGACUCACUCGGCCGGAUGAAGGACCGGCUCACAAGGCACUGCUACUCCUGAUGGUCCGAUUGAUCCACGCCGAUCCGAUGCUGCUACUGAACAGCCUCGGAAAGGCCGGUCAUGAGGUGCAAAGUUCAACACUCGAGCUAAUCAAUGGACUCGUGUCACUCGUCCACCAACCAACCAUGCCCGACGUUGCCCAGGAAGCGAUGGAAGCCCUGCUCGCCCUUCAUUCACCGGACAAAAUCGAGGUGUGGAAUCCGGAGGCCCCGAUCAACACAUUCUGGGACGUUAGCUCGCAGGUGCUGUUCUCGAUCUCGCAGAAGCUCAUCCAGCACCAGAUCGCAAACUACACGGACGUGCUGAAGUGGCUCCGUGAGAUUCUGAUCUGCCGCAACACGUUCCUCCAGCGGCACAAGGAUUAUGCGAACGUUGGUAGUCAGAUUGCCAUCUGCCGCCAGGCACACAUUAAGCUCGAGGUCGUGUUCUUCAUGUAUCUCUGGUCGGUCGAUCUGGACGCGGUAAUGGUGUCGCUGUCCUGCUUCGGCCUCCUCUGCGAGGAAGCAGAAAUUCGCUCCGGUUCCGAUGAGCUGACGGUGGGUUUCAUCCUUCCCAACUAUCACCUCUACCAGGAGCUGUCGCACACCUCCGCCACGCUUACCUCACCACAGAAUGCCGAAUCUCGGUACAGCUUCUUCGAGCACACGCACGGGCGUGUCACGCUGCAGCGGAACAUUAUGUCGUUGCUGCGGAAGAUCGAACACUGCGUCAACGGCGUACAGCCGGCGUGGGAGGAAACGUUCCGCAACUGGGAGGUCACCAGCAAGGUGCUUCAGAACUACCCGAAGGGAAAGCCGGAAGAGGGCCAGGCGGAGGUGUUCCACCGGAGCAUGGGCAAGCGGCGUGCGAGCCACCAAAGCUCGGAGCACGAUCUCGAGGAGCAGAUAACGGAGUGGGCAAACAUGACGUGGUUCCUGCUGGCGCUCGGUGGCGUUUGCCUCCAGAAGCCUCGCAAUCAACGGCAGGCACAGCAGCAGGGUUAUAAUCUUCCCAUCGGUACCGCAGGCCCAUCGCUGAUGCAAUCAACGACGUCCCUUUCUAGCUCGAGCUCGGGCCGUGGCUCGAUGCAUCCCAUCAUGGGCUCGCUGGUGUCGUCGAUCGGACCGGGCAGCAGCCAGGAGGUGCAGUACUGCCCGGUGACCCAGUUCAUCGGUCAACUGUUGCGGCUGCUCGUGUGCAACAACGAGAAGUUUGGCCCGCAGAUUCAGAAACACGUCAAGGAGCUGGUGGGGCAGGAGAUGUCCGCCCAACUGUACCCCAUCCUGUUCGAUCAGAUUCGCUCGAUCGUGGAGAAGUUCUUCGACCAGCAGGGUCAGGUGGUGGUGACGGACAUCAACACGCAGUUCAUCGAGCACACGAUCUACAUCAUGAAGUCGGUGCUGGACGGGCGGCAGAGUAAGGAUCAUCAGAACGAUCAGCCGGCCAACGCGGAGCAUCUCGGUGUGACGAGCAUCGAAAACCUGAUGCUGGCGAUCGUACGCUACGUGCGCCACCUCGAUAUGACCGUGCACGCGAUCCACAUCAAGACCAAACUCUGCCAGCUGGUGGAGGUGAUGAUGAAGCGGCGGGACGACCUGGCCUUCCGGCAGGAGAUGAAGUUUCGCAACAAGCUAGUCGAGUAUCUGACCGACUGGGUAAUGGGCACGUCGCACCAGAUUGCCCCGCCCGGUUCGGGCGAUGUGACGAUCAUAACGCGCGAUCUCGAUCAGGCAUGCAUGGAGGCGGUUGCUGCCCUGCUUCGCGGUCUCCCCCUGCAACCGGAGGAGUCCGACCGUGGCGAUCUGAUGGAUGCAAAGAGCGCCCUCUUCCUAAAGUAUUUCACCCUCUUCAUGAACUUGCUGAACGACUGUGUCGAUGGCUCGGAGGCGGAUAAAGACACGAACAAUCCACCCUUGCUACCACCACGUCCGCGGGUAGCGGCGGGAAAGCUGACGGCGCUGCGAAACGCCACCAUUCAAGCCAUGUCGAACCUGCUGAGUGCAAACAUUGACUCGGGCCUGAUGCACUCGAUCGAUCUGGGCUACAACCCGGAUCUGCAAACGCGGGCAGCGUUUAUGGAGGUAUUAACGCAGAUCCUGCAGCAGGGUACCGAGUUCGAUACGCUCGCCGAGUCGGUGAUGGCCGAUCGGUUCGAGCAGCUCGUGCAGUUGGUAACGAUGAUCAGCGACAAGGGUGAGCUACCGAUCGCGAUGGCGCUGGCGUCCGUCGUCACCACCUCGCAGAUGGAUGAACUUGCGCGCGUGCUGGUGACACUGUUCGACGCGAAGCAUCUGCUCUCGCCACUGCUUUGGAACAUGUUUUACCGCGAGGUCGAAGUGUCCGACUGCAUGCAGACACUGUUCCGCGGGAAUUCGCUUGGCAGCAAGAUUAUGGCGUUCUGCUUUAAGAUUUACGGUGCGAGCUAUCUGCAGGGGUUGCUGGAACCGCUCAUACGGCCGCUGCUCGAUGAACCGACCAAUAGCUUCGAGGUCGAUCCGGCACGGCUCGAGUCGAGCGAGGACAUCGAGGUGAACCGCAAGAACCUGAUCGCCCUGACGCAGAAAGUGUUCGAUGCGAUCGUCAACUCGGCCGAUCGCUUUCCGCCGCAGCUUCGCUCCAUGUGCCACUGCUUGUAUCAGGUGUUAAGCAAGCGGUUCCCGAAUCUCCUGCAAAACAACAUCGGUGCCGUGGGAACGGUAAUUUUCCUGCGGUUCAUCAAUCCCGCCAUCGUGUCGCCGCAGGAGCUCGGAAUCGUCGGCAAGCAGGUACCGACGCAGAUCAAACGUGGCCUGAUGCUUAUGUCAAAGAUUUUGCAAAACAUCGCCAACCACGUGGAGUUCUCCAAGGAGCAGCACAUGCUGUGCUUUAAUGACUUUCUGCGAGCACACUUCGAGGCCGGUCGGCGUUUUUUCAUCCAGAUCGCUUCCGAUUGCGAAACGGUCGAUCAAACGUCACACAGUAUGAGCUUCAUCUCGGAUGCGAACGUUCUGGCGCUGCAUCGCCUGCUGUGGUCCCAUCAGGAGCGCAUCGGAGACUACUUGUCAAGCAGCCGGGACCACAAAGCGGUCGGACGACGGCCGUUCGACAAGAUGGCGACGCUGCUCGCAUACCUAGGACCACCGGAGCACAAGCCGGUCGAUUCGCACCUCCUGUUUUCGUCCUAUGCCCGCUGGAGCUCGAUCGAUAUGUCGUCGACAAACUUCGAGGAGAUCAUGGUCAAGCACCAGAUGCACGAGAAGGAGGAGUUUAAGACGCUCAAGUCGAUGAACAUCUUCUACCAGGCCGGCACGAGCAAGGCGGGUAAUCCGGUGUUCUACUACAUCGCGCGCCGCUACAAGAUCGGCGAAACGAACGGCGAUCUGCUGAUCUACCACGUGAUCCUCACACUGAAACCGUUCUGUCACUCGCCCUUCGAGGUGGUGAUCGAUUUCACGCACACCUGCUCGGAUAACCGCUUCCGGACGGAGUUCCUCCAGAAGUGGUUCUACGUGCUGCCGGAGGUGGCGUACGAGAACCUGUACGCGGCCUACAUCUACAACUGCAACUCGUGGGUGCGCGAGUACACCAAAUUCCACGAUCGUAUUCUGGCCCCGCUCAAAGGGUGCCGAAAGCUGAUCUUCCUCGAUUCCCCGGCCAAACUGAACGACGUUAUCGAUCCGGAGCAACAGAAGCUCCCGGGCGCAACGCUAUCGCUGGACGAGGAUUUGAAGGUGUUUAACAACGCGCUCAAGUUGAGCCACAAGGACACGAAGGUGGCGAUCAAGGUUGGUCCAACGGCGCUACAGAUCACCUCGGCCGAGAAGACGAAGGUACUCGCCCAUUCGGUUCUGCUGAACGACGUCUACUACGCGUCGGAAAUCGAAGAAGUUUGCCUGGUGGACGACAACCAGUUUACGCUCUCGAUCGCAAACGAAAGCUCCCAGUUAAGCUUCAUCCACAACGAUUGCGAUAACAUUGUGCAGGCGAUCAUCCACAUCCGCAACCGCUGGGAGCUAAGCCAACCGGAUUCGGUUACCGUGCAUCAGAAGAUUCGCCCGAAGGAUGUGCCCGGAACGCUGCUAAACAUGGCCCUGCUUAACCUGGGUUCAUCCGAUCCGAACCUUCGUACGGCCGCCUACAACCAGCUGUGUGCGCUGACGGCCACGUUCGAUUUGAAAAUCGAAGGGCAGCUGCUGGAAACGCAAGGUCUCUGCAUCCCGUCGAACAACACGAUCUUCAUCAAGUCGGUCAGCGAGACGCUGGCCACGAACGAACCCCAUCUGACGCUGGAGUUCCUCGAGGAGUGCAUCCAGGGUUUCCAGCGGAGUACGAUCGAGCUGAAGCAUCUGUGUCUGGAGUACAUGACACCGUGGUUGGCGAAUCUGGUUCGCUUCUGCAAGCCUUCGGACGAGGGCAAGCGCCAGAAGCAGGUCGCGCUGAUCCUCGAGAAGUUGAUCAACCUAACGGUCGAGCAGAAGGAGAUGUAUCCCUCGAUACAGGCGAAAAUCUGGGGCUCGAUCGGCCAAAUACCGGAGCUGAUCGAUAUGGUGCUGGACAAUUUCAUCCACAAGUCGGUCAGCUCGGGGCUCGGCUCGCCGCAGGUCGAAAUCAUGGCCGACACGGCAGUAGCACUCGCCUCGGCCAACGUGCAGCUCGUUGCGAAGAAGGUGAUCGGGCGACUGUGCCGGGUGAUGGACAAGACGUGCCACUCGCCAACCCAGUACCUCGAGCAGCACAUGAUGUGGGACGACAUUGCGAUCCUCGCCCGGUAUCUGCUGAUGCUGUCGUUCAACAACUGCCUCGACGUGGCCCGCCACCUACCGUACCUGUUCCACACGGUGACGUUCCUCGUGUGCACCGGCUCACUCUCGAUGCGUGCGUCCACCCACGGGCUCGUGAUCAACAUCAUCCACUCGCUCUGUACCUGCACCAAGCCGUCCUUCUCGGAGGAAACGCAGCGUGUCCUGCGUCUCUCGCUGGACGAAUUUUCGCUGCCCAAGUUCUACCUUCUGUUCGGCAUCAGCAAGGUCAAGUCGGCUGCCGUGACCGCGUUCCGUUCGUCCUGCCGCCACCCGAACGAUCGCUGGCUCGGCAACGAACGGGUCUCGCAGGCCCCACCAGCCGAUCGCGAACGUUUGGCACUGCCCUCGCUCGAGGUCAUCACCGAGGCGCUGCUGGAAAUCAUGGAAGCCUGCAUGCGUGACAUUCCCGACUGCGACUGGCUGCAGACGUGGACCUCGUUAGCAAAGAGCUUCGCCUUCUGCUUCAAUCCCGCCCUGCAACCGCGCGCCCUCAUCGUAUACGGGUGCAUCUCGAAGAGCAUCACCGACCAGGACGUGAAGCAACUGCUGCGGAUUCUCGUAAAGGCGCUCGAAUCGUUUAACGACAUCAUCCUGCUGGAGGCGCUCGUCAUGUGUUUGACGCGCCUUCAACCGCUGCUCCGACCCGAAUCCCCGAUCCACCGGGCCCUGUUCUGGGUGGCGGUCAGUGUCCUCCAGCUGGACGAAUCGACGCUGUACGCGGCCGGAUUGGCGCUGCUCGAGCAGAACCUGCACACGCUCAACUCGCAGCAGCUGUUCGACAAUCAGAACAUCGCCGACGUGAUGAUGGCGACACGCGAACCGCUCGAGUGGCACUUUAAGCAGCUCGACCAUGCCGUCGGCCUGUCGUUCAAAUCGAACUUUCACUUCGCGCUCGUAGGUCACCUGCUGAAGGGUUUCCGGCACCCAACGCCCACCACCGUCUCGCGGACGUCGCGCGUCCUAACGAUGCUACUCGGCAUCGUGGCCAAACCGCACCGGCGAGACAAGUUCGAGGUGACACCGGACAGUGUUGCUUAUCUCACAGCGUUGGUAUGCUUCUCCGAGGAAGUGCGCUCACGGUGCCACGUGAAACACACCGUACCCCGGUGGCCGGUAGAAUCGGGCGGUUCGGGUGAUUCGGCCAGCGGCAGCAGCAGUGAUCCGUCGGCCGCAAACUCCGUCGGCGGUGGACCGCUCUCCGGUGGUUCAGGCUCAACCGGCUCGAACGCCUCCGGAGGCCACAGUGUGCGGCGCCAAAAGUCCUGGGAUAUGCUCGACCAAUCCGCCAUCCAGUACGCCCGGCAGUCGCACAAAGUCCAGCAGCAUCAGAUUGCACGAAUGCUCUUCAAAACCCACCGCUCCUUCUCCGUUCCAACGACCAAAGAACCAAACACAAGCACAUACAUCGUUGAUCCACAGGAACGGGGCUCCCGAUCGUCCGUGUCGAACGAAUCGAACGUACUGCUCGACCCGGAAGUGCUGCCCGAUUCUUCCACCCAAGCGCUCGUGUUGACGGUGCUGGCGACCUUGGUUAAGUACACCACGGACGAGGCGGAAACGCGUGUUCUGUAUCAGUAUCUGGCGGAAGGAUCGAUCGUUUUUCCGAAAGUAUUUCCUGUAAUACAUUCGCUGCUGGAUCAGAAGGUGAACAAUGUCCUAUCGGUGUCGAACGAUCAGAUCGUACUGGCAUCGGUGCAGAGCAUCAUCCAGAACAUGUUGGCCAGCGAAGAUGCGAGCCAGCAACCGUUGCACUUCCUGCAAAGCUGUGGCUUCGGUGGACUGUGGCGUUUUGCUGGACCAUUCACGAAGUACAACAUGAUGGUCGAAUCAUCGGAGCUGUUUGUGAACUUCCUGGAGGCGAUGGUCGAAACAUGCCUGCCGGUCGAGGAGAGCACCCCGAUGCCGCCGUCGCCGCGGCCGUACAAUCUUAGCUCCAGCCUGAGCAGCCUCACGCUCGGCUCGCCGACCGAUAAAGCAUUCUCGUCAGAAUCCCUAGAUCACGAUGGCUUUAGCGGUAGCGUUAGUUCGCUCCGUCGCGCUUCCUGCAGCAAGGCACGAACCGGUGGCAGUAAGCACCGGUUCAUAGACAGCCCGACGCACAAUAUUUAGUCGGAAAUCUGGUGGAGCGCUGGCGGUGGGCGGAUCUUGCCCUCCCUGAAUGCAACCGCUGCCCGAGCCGGAGCUACCACCAACGAACCCGCCGAAUCUUCUCAACGGCCAACGACCACGACAACAACGACCACGACAACAACGACAACGACAACGACGACGACGAUGAUGCCAACCACGCCAACGACGUACAACGAGCGGAGUCCCUCCGGACAACCGCCCGACGGUGCACAGAAUGUGUAGGUUGAUAAACUUUGCUUGUUUGCACCACGGGAAGUACACGCACAGGAGGGUACAGGGGACGAACGAUUUCGAAACGAACAUCUUAGAAGCUUAUUGGCACAACAUACAUCAAACACUACGUGUUGCUACUAAAACAUGCUACCAAUAAUAGCGCUAGAUCCCUCUUUUCGCAUUAACAAUUGGUGUACGUCCGUCAGUGUGAAUAUUAGGUGUGGCAAUGUAUUUUAAUAUCCUCUUUGUUGUCUGCGCACCGUAAACCAACAACGAGAUUGAGAUAGGUGGUCGCUACAGAAUCGUAUGCAACGAUCAUGUUGAUAAUGGACUGAAAAUGAACGACUUUCGAAAGCAACCCAGCUACAGAGCAUAAGUGUAAGAAGGAAGGAUCAAUCUUGUAUAAUCUAAAAUGGUUAGAGGGAUGACUCUUGGACUCUUCCUCGUUGAAUUUUUUAAACACAUGAUACCAAAGUUUCCAGCACACUGAUCCUUGGCCAUGAGGCGUACCCUGCGCAAUGGAAACGCAGUGUUAUUCACGAUUAAACUAUGCCUAUAGACAAAAUGGCAUGUAUACAAGCAAAAUAACAACAGCACCUUAAAACUAAGGACUCAUUCUACCAAACCAUCAGAAGAGGGAUAGUUUUUUGUUUUCCCCACGAGCAAGGCUAAUGAAAUAAAUGUGGCUAGUGCGAAAGAAGUAUUACAAAAUCGUAACAAAUCCUACCCCUUUUUGAGAGGUGCACCCCAUGCACAUAAAUGGAUAAAAGCGUAAUGCGUGGGAAACUAUUUUCGCUAGUAAAAGAUUUGAAUUUUAGAACCAUGUUUAGAGUGUGGAAUGAUAACUGCGUAUCACUCAUAUUAAAUGUAUAUUUUAUAAAUGGAUUCUAUGAUAAAUAAAUGUUUGCC